GCUGGGAUGCCCCAACACCAGCGAGGCCAGGCAGUGAGGAGAGAGCCUGUACAAAUGUUAUUGUUAUUAUUGCCCAUAAAUAUCCUGAGGCACUUAACGACCUUGGCAUGGAGCAUUUCCUGGGGAUUCAUGACCAGUUGGCGUUAAUGGUCCUUAGCAGCACCUCGGGCCGUCAGCUCCUCCCAGCCCAUCAUUAAUCCACAGGAAAUGUCUCAGGCAUCGAUCCUCAUUGCUUAAUUAAUAAAUGCAACUUGUCUCCUCGCCUGAGAUUUAGAGACAGGCGCUGCUGCUUCCCCUGCUGCCUUGAAGGUGACUUCUUCAGGUCCCUCAUGCCGGGAGGCCCUCGUGGGUUUUGUUUCCUGGCAUUCACCUGGGUGUGGGAUAUGGCAGCAGGAAAGUCUUUUCCCUCUUGGGCAGGCGGGAAUGAACUGAACUGCUGCUGGGACUGGGGUUUUCCACUUAACGUGGCUCAUCUUUCCCACCGAACACAAAGGUUUGAGCACCGUCAGCCGGCUGCAUCCGAGAGCCCGAGUGUGAGCGGCAUGGAAGAACCUGGGAAUGCUCCAAGGCCAUAGCAGGUUCUAUAAUAAUCGAUGUUUUUUGCCCAUGAGUCACAAUCCAUCUCUAACGUCCCUCCGGGGAGGUGGGAUUUGCUAUCUUUAGUGCUCACGACUGCUGCUUUCCUGCGCUGAGCAUCCCGCUGAGCCCGGACUCUUGCUGCAGGGAUGCUGACCUGGCAGCUGCCGUGGCUGCAUUUAAAUCCUAUUCCCUGUUUCUCCAGCGUUUACCACCCGUUGGCUUCGUGCAGUGGGUGCCGUAGCAUAAAUCAUGGUCAUUCCUGAGGUGCUUUUCUGCGGCUAGUCUGAAAUCCCCAUUUUGGUUCACUGGCUUCACUGGUGAGCUAAAUUAUUUUCAUAGCCCCUUAAGGGCAUAUUGUCAGCCCAGACUUAUUGCCAUUAUACACCAUAUCUGAAACAUUAAUAUCUCUUCUAAAUAUAGUGUAUUGACAAGGUAUCUGGUAUAGUGUAAAUCCUUGGGACAUUUGAUCCAGAUCAUUAAAACUGAGUGAAGGAAGGGAGGAAUAGAUCAAGUUGCCUUGCCGCUCUUAAUUCAAACAAGCGAUGAAUUAUUCAUUCCAUUAUUAAUUCUACAGGCCUCCUGCUUUUUUAUUUAGUUAGUUAUUUAUUCCCCUCCCAGAUAGACAGCUCCAAAAGGAUGCUCGGGUGCUGCUGAGGGGAGAUUUCCCUGCUGGAGGAUGGGGUGCAUGGGGGCAGGCUGCCUGGCAGCAUUGGCCGUGCUCUGUGGGGCUCUCGGGGAUGCUCCAGGCAGAGGCAUCAAAUGCGGGGGGGUGCUUUCGGCACCCUCUGGGAAUUUCUCCAGCCCCAACUUCCCGGGACUGUACCCCUAUGAGACGGAGUGCACGUGGCUGAUCGUGGUGGCCGAGGGCUCCUCCGUCCUGCUCUCCUUCAGCCACUUCGAGCUCGAGUACCACACUACCUGUGCCUACGACUACCUCCAGGUCUACAAUGGGGCUGCUCGGGACCGGGGCAACCUCCUGGGCACCUUCUGUGGCCACAGCCCCCCGCCACCCUUCUCCUCCGCAUGGCAUGUUAUGGCUGUUGUCUUCCGCUCCGACCGCCACGUGGCCAAGCGCGGCUUCGCUGCUGCCUACCGGAAAGACGCCUGCGGUGGGCAGCUGACGGGGCUCUCAGGGGAGAUCACCAGCCCUCGCUACCCCGAGAGCUACCCCAAUGAUGCCGAGUGCCGCUGGAGCAUCGGGGCACCCGAUGGUGGAACACCCCUCACCCUGGUGUUCAUGGACUUCCAGGUGGAGGGGGGCCAGGGCUGUGGCUUUGACUACGUGGCUGUAUUUGAUGGCCCCACUGCUGCUGCCCCCCGCCUGGGACGCUACUGCGGCAGCGCCCGCCCGCCCCGCACCGUGUCCUCCACCCCACACCUCCUCAUCCUCUUCAAGUCAGACUUCAACAUCGGUGGCAGGGGCUUCAAGGCCCAUUUCUACUCAGGUGAGUGCCAGGAGGUGUUCACUGCCAUCAAAGGGAACUUCUCCAGCCCUCGGUACCCCAACUUCUACCCCAACAACCUCAAGUGCCAGUGGAGCAUCCAGCUGCCCCCAGGCUACCGGGUCAGGAUCUUCUUCCUGGACAUGGACCUGGAGGGCCGGAGCAGCCUGACGGGUGGCUGUGACUAUGACCUUGUGGCUGCCUUUGAUGGUGGUGCUGAGAAUGGGUCCCUGCUGGGGCAAUGGUGUGGGCAGGAGAGCCCGGUGCCCGUCACCUCCCACAGCAACCGGGUGCUGCUGGUGCUCCACACCGACCGCAACACAGCCAGGAGGGGCUUCUCCAUGGCCUAUGUGGGAGUUGUGCCCAUGAAUGUCAGCUGCACCCGCACAGAUUUCCACAUCCAGAUCCCAGUGCAAUCCCUGGCCCAGCUGGAGAGGAACAGGAUUUACUUGGGGACCCCAUCCUGUGCAGCCCAGGUGGUUGGCAGGAACUUCAAGAUACACACCAGGUUCGACACCUGCGGCACUGAAUCCCAGAAACGCAACAACACAUCCAUCAUCAUCAGCACCCUCUACAUUGACUUUUCCACGGGUGACCAGGAGGACAUCCACCGGUACGAGGUGCAGUGUGAGCCCAAGAGGAAGGAAGCCUCCGUCACCCUCAUCACCGGCUCCGACCCAUCCAGGCUCAGCCAAGCAGAAAACCUGGUGGAUGCCCAGCAGCGGGAGGGGGAAGCGAUGGACACCCAUGAAAUCAAGAGCCAGGACACCAGUGACAUCGUCUUCAUCAGCAUCUGCAUCCUGGCUGGGCUCCUCAUGGUCAUCGCGGUGGUGGGGCUGGUGCUCCUGUAGGAUGCUGCUCCACACAUCCCCAGGGCAAUCCCAGCCCUGCACAGGGUGGAAAUGCACCCCAAAGUCCAUCCUCACCCCAGGCUGAGCACUCCCACAGAUGCUCAAACAGAGGCACAGCUCCCAGGCUCUCAAAGAGCCUGAACCCAGCCUCCAUCUCCCCACAGUGCCUGAAUAAUCCAGGCAAUAGGCAGCCAUUUCGCUUCCCGAUUUGUUUUCCUCUGUCUCAAUCUGUCCAUUUGGCUCAGGAAUGCAAUUCUUGCACUUCCUAACUCUUCCCGCACCUGCUUCAGUUCAUUUUCCCUCUGGUGCUGCUGCUGCUUUCUGGAAAGUAACGUUGUUUGCUGAUGGCUGCGAGUCAUCCUGUCAGUUAUUUCCAGCUGACUUCUUGAAGGUCCAAACCAUCCCCAGAUACAGUGGUAUUCCCAACAAAUAUUAUCCAUGCUCCCACCCAUGCUCAGGGAGUACUGUGGAGCUGUGUUGUAGGUAUCUCCACUUGGCCCAUGCAGAUGCAGUUCAUGGAGAUGCUCCCAGGCUGUGUUUCUGGAUGUCUGGGUGAUGUGAUGAGGUGCAGUCGCCAUGCCCUGGAGCUGCUGUUUUGAUCUGCAGAUGUCAUCUAACCCAGUACUUGCUCUCAGGACUCUCCUUGGCACUUUAGCAGCAGGAGGCAAGGAGAAGGAUCUCUCUCCUGCUCUGUUUUCUUCCUUUCCAUUGUAUCCAGGCAUCCACCACUGUGAGCUCUGUGCCAGCAUCACUCCUGGAGUCUGAAGGAGAGCUCUGGAGCCUGGGGAGACACUGGAGCAUGGAGGUUUUGGCAGCCUUGUAAAGACAGCCUUGGCACGAGGGGCUGGCUGUCCUGGGACCUCAGUGACACCAACCCUCUGCCCUUGGUGCCUGCAGAGGGUGAGCCCAGCAACCAAGAGCAUGAAAACAGGAGUCCUGUGGUCAGUGCACCUCCGGAAGACUUGGGUUCCUCCCGGGGAGGACUGAUGCUACUGACUGAUGGCCAAAUAACCCCUACCCCAACACAAAGGAUGCUCCCUUUCAGCACCACACUGAGUGGCUAUCAUAGAGCUGCCUGUGUUUGUCCUGGCAUGGGUCAGAGCCAGUGUAGGACAAAGCCAAUGUGAAAUCUUGCUGCACAAGCAGGGUGAAUGCAGCCCUGAGAGCCAGGUGUAACCUGUGUGAAACACACUGUGGUGCAGGGAGAGACCUUAAGAUGUCCAAAUGUGGUCAUUCAAAGGUGAAAAACUGAGCUUGGGGGCUUCUUUUUUGAUAGCACUGCGUCUAAAUGUGGAUCCAUCCUAAGGAGGGUACCAGCUAUUCCUGUAAAGCAUCACACAGCCAACUGCUGAAUCCAGGUCAGUCCUGCAGGUGAAAGUCUUUGCUGACUGAUGUCCUGCAUCCCGCACUGCUGAGACAGCUCUGCACAUCAGGGUAUUAGAGGAAGCAGCAGUAAAGGAAAAGCAUGAUGAUUACAAUGCUGAUCCUGGCUUGCACCAUCCCAUGGAUGCCUAAAAGGGUGUCUGGGGAGGGAAGAAGACACAAAUCCACGCAUGCCUCUUAAUGAGGAACCUUCGUUGUUAGAGCCUGCAUUGCUUUGGCAUUCAUUGGUGCAACACAGGGGCAAACAUAAGAUUUCCAAGUGAGGAAUUGGCCAGCCCUGUUCAGCUCCAUUAAGGCAACGUUUUGAAAGCCUGUGUUGUACAUAGAGGGGAAACCAGGGCAGACCCCACUGCUGCCUGCAGAGCCUUGCUGCCACUUCAUUGCUGGGGAUACAACUGUCAGCUUGAGACAAUAGCUACAAGAUUGGACACCUGGAGGGAUUAAAGAUACAAUUCAACCUCCUCAGCAGCCCCGAGUAUGCUGAAACAGGUGGAUGCUGAAGCCACUUGUGCUGGUGGGAGCCUGCAGCACCCAGCAGCAUCCGGCCGCUCGCCUGCAGGAUGGGCACCUCCUCUCCCUGCUGGAGGCUCAGUGCAGUGUGAUUUACAGGGGAACAGGCUUUUCUGGGUUCUUGGUGGUGCUGCACUCAUAAGGAGCUGGACCUCGUCCCAGAGCCCAGCAGCAAAGGGAGCUGAUGUUGUGCUCAUCCCUAGAGGGCUUCCAGCUCUGGCUCCUGUUUGAAGCCACCAGCGCAUCUCUGGGUGCGGAUACAGGAGUGGUGCUAUGGGAACAGCUCUGCUCUACCCAACUAAGGGGCUCCCCAGCAUCGCCAGCCCCACAGGGCAUCAUCGCAGGGGCUCAUGGUUGAGUGAUUAAUGCAGCUUGAAGGCUUACAAAAGCCCUCUCCUGGCUUGUUCCUGGAUGCAUUCACAGCUGCAUCUGUGGCUGCCACCAGCAGUGAGUCAUUCAAGCCAGUCUUUCUCCUCAGAGCAAGGAAAGCCUGCGGUGCUCACCAGCACCAGCCCUCCUCAGCCUGCAGUCAUGCUCUGACAUGUCUCAGCCUCUCAUUUCUCCAUCAGGUUGUGGCAUCCAGGCUGUCCCUGCCUCUCAGGAUUCUGCUCACUGGCAUCCCCUGUUAAACCACCUCAUCCCGGGUACGCAGGGAUCUCCCUUUCUGUUCCCAAUCUGACACCCUGGGAAGCUGCUUCUGCAGGAAACCUGGAGGUGUCACCACCAGCACUGGCCAGGAGUCCUCUGUGCUUCCAGAUAAUGCCACCGAGCUUGAGGACCCCAAAGAGUGCCAUGGCAGCAGCAUGGGGCAAAGGGGACAUCAUGGGGACAGAGACUGUGUUCCUGCCUUGGUGGCUGGGACAUGGGAGCAUCACCUUUCCCCAUUUAAUGCAGGAUUGGUUCCCAUCCAAAACAGCAAUGGUUGAAUGGCUCACGAAGUGCCUGUGGCUUUGCAAAGCCUCCCCAGAUCCCUGUGCUGCUGGUGAUAAUCCCCUCUGGAUUUCAGCCCAAACGUGUUCCCAGCUGGUUUAUCCCACUUGCCUCUGUACUCCCUGCUUCCCAAAUCACCCAAAAGCUUUCCCAGCUCUUCCCCACCACCAGCUUGGGGUAUCCCCUUCCCCAGCACCCCUUUCCCAGGGGCUACAAACAGCACAGGAGUGUGAUGCUGCUGGCUGAGACUUGAUCCCAGAGCAUCCCACACAGUGCACAGAAAGAGCUGGCAGCACUGCCAUGGCUCAUCCCCACCCGUGUCCCCAGCACACCCAGCACAAAAGCUCCUUGUAGCCAUCACCCUCCUGGCCUCGGGUGACCUUUCCCCAUCAAUGGGGCUCUGUGCACAGCGUGACAGGGACACCCGGCGUGGAGCGGGGAUCAGGGAGGCACCAGCUUGUUUGUCACUGCAGUAAGGGAUGUGAUGCACAAUGAGCAGGAGCUGCAGAGAGAGCUAAUGGAAAGGGGCCAGGAGGAGGAAGGACAAACAUAACCAGGGGCUGGAGCUGCUCUGGCUUUGGAAAUCAAUCUUAAUAAGAAAUCUGUGUUCAUCUGAUCUCCUCCAUGCAACCAAAGCUCCCCAGAAAGGGAUCAGGGAACAUCUCCAUGGCCAGAAAGGUUUCCUUGCCAUGUGCUGCUGCUGAGCGUGGCCAUGGCAUGGACCAGAGUGGCACCCACAGCAGCUCUCCUUUAGCAAGGACAUCCAUCCUCAUCCGUGCGGAUGAAGAGCCCAGCAUGGGAGGUUGUGUCAGGACAGCGGGGAUGGGAGAAGAUCCCUGUGAGUGAGUACAAAGUCCAGCACUGCCCUAGCCAUUCGGUGGAACAAACCCUUUUUCUUAUGUAAGAGCCACUCGGAUGGGCUGCAGACAGGGAUCAGGAACCCAUCACUCCUGCCCUCCACCAUGGUCCCCAUGCAUCAGGCCUCAGUUUCCCUUCUUAGCCUUGCCCAGUGUUUCCCGAGCAGGCAGGGAGAGCAUCGGGCAUAGGCAGCAUUCCUGGUACUCAUCUGAUUAUUUAUUUAGAGCCUGAUGAUCUGAUUGCAGGGCUGAAUGCAGCCGCCCCAUUUCCUGGCUUCCCUUAUGGAUGUGCCGUGGCGUCCCUCCGGAGCAGACAAAGGCUGUGCUGCUGGGCGGGAUGAGAGCCUCCCUUAUCUCCCUGCAAACGUCUUCCUGCGGCUCUGGUGAGGAGCUGUUGGUGAGAAUCACAGAUCAUAGAAAACAGGACUGGAAAAGCCCCCAGGAGAUCCAUGGGUUUAUUCCUUUUCCUCCCUGAGGAAUCGCUGCUACCAAAGGGAAGCUGGGA